AUGGAAAGAGACCUCUUCCAACGGAAGCAUCGCCGCCGCAAGGCGGCCAAGCCACCGCCGCCCCGAGCACUCAAGAAGCUCCUCAAGAUCAAGCGCAUUUCGGUGUCGAUCUAUGCAUAUUAUGGUUGCUUUGGUCUUCAAAGGCUAGAAGGAAGCGUGAAGAAGCACUACAGAGGAGUCCGGCAACGGCCAUGGGGGAAAUGGGCGGCCGAGAUCCGCGACCCGAAGAAGGCGGCUCGGGUUUGGCUCGGGACCUUCGACACAGCUGAGGAUGCCGCACUCGCAUACGAUGAAGCUGCGCUUCGGUUCAAGGGCGCCAAGGCCAAGCUCAACUUCCCCGAACGAGUCCAAACCGGUAGCUCCUCCGCCGCCGAUCCAUUGCUCCACAACACCUUUCCCGGCCUUCAGCAGUAUGCGCAGCUACUCUGCAGCAAUGACGCCGAGUUUCCUUAUGCCACUUCAGCUCUUUAUGGUUACUCCGCCGCCGCUGAUUCCAGCUUGAUUUCGCCGCCGCAGCAGCAAGAUUUUCAGGCCAAUUUUGACGGCGGUUUUCCUAGUUCGGAUUUUGUCGACUAUGCCAAGUAUUAUGAUGAUCCUAGUAACCCAAAUUGCUGAUUAAUUAAUUAGUUUGAUGUUAUGUGUUGAUGAGGAGAAAUAGGAGUUUGAUUUAGUAGUUUUGGAUUUCUCCAUGAUUGAUUAGAAUAAGAAGCAAAGGUUAAUCAAUUGUAAUGACUUGUCAUGGAUUUGAUCAUUUCAUCAAUAUAUCCUUGCUUCUUUCUACUUAA